UCGUGUCUGGGUUAACACUGCCGAUCCCACUGACAAUUACGAGAAACCAUGGCUCCCACCACCAGUGAGGGGCUUGACAUACGUUAGCGAGAGAGUUACCUUGGCUUCGAAGGUACAGAGAGCGAGAUCAGGAUGAGGAGCGGAGAGGCGACGACGGAGGCGGAGGGGAGGAGGUCGCGGCGGGGACGAGGAGGAGGAGGAGGAUCCAGCGGCAACGGGCCGAAGAUGUGCUGCAGCAAGGUCGGGGUGAAGCGGGGCCCCUGGACGCCGGAGGAGGACGAGGUCUUGGCGAGUUUCGUGCGGCGGGAGGGGGAGGGCCGGUGGCGCACCCUACCCAGCCGCGCCGGCCUCCGUCGCUGCGGAAAGAGCUGCCGCCUCCGGUGGAUGAACUACCUCCGCCCCUCCAUCAAGCGCGGCCCCAUCUCCCCCGACGAGGAGGACCUCAUCCUCCGCCUCCACCGCCUACUCGGAAACCGGUGGUCGUUGAUCGCCGGGAGGAUUCCGGGGCGCACGGACAACGAGAUCAAGAACUACUGGAACACGCAUCUCAGCAAGAAGCUCAUCAGACAAGGCAUCGAUCCGCGCACGCACAAACCCUUGCCACUGCCCACCACCUCCGCCGCCGCCGCCGCCGCCCCAGCUGUCCAUGUGAUCUUUCCACGACAGGCGCCUCUCCCUAACCCUAACCCUAGUCCUUAUCACGCAGCAGGAUCCUCCGGCGAUAUCCGCACAGGCUUCUCCGCCCAUGACGACGGCGGAUGCUGGAAGGAGAGUGGCGAUCAGUUUAUGGAUGCCAACAACGUGCCGGAAGCUGGAGACCAUCUUGAACCAGAAUUGUAUGACUUCAGCUUCGACGAGGACAACAUCUUCUCCUCCUUCCUUGAUUCGCUGAUCAACAACAGCGAAAAUGACAUCAAUGAUGAUAAUUCAGACGAUCGAGUUGGCUUCGUCUGGGAGAAGGACCUGCAGGACGAUGCACACGAACAAUUUCCAGGUGAUCAUGAUGCAGGAAACUGAGCAAUUUAAGACGUGUGUGUUCAAAUAUAUAUAUUUAUGC